UUCAUGCAGCGGACCAAGAUGGCAACGCAGAGGACGGUAACAACCUGCCUCCGUCUUCUCAGGAGUUCUGCUCGUGUCCUGUUCAGCGGCAGAAAACCUGCAGUCCAUAAACCGGGGAAAUGGUCGAAUAUCCUGUGCACAGGUGUUGCAUCUUUAACCGUCGGCGGUGGGCUGUGUGCGAUACCUUUCAAACAGGCUGAAAACCUCUCUCACGACUCUCUGAUCAGACGAGCAGCCUCUGUGGUAACAGACAGUUCAAGCACUUUUCUCUCUCAGGCCACCUUGGCUCUCAUAGAUGCCAUCACAGAGUACUCAAAAGCUGUGCACACACUCAUUGCUCUCCAAAGACGCUAUUUGGACUCACUGGGAAAACUUACUCCAGCAGAAGAGGAUACAAUCUGGCAGGUGAUCAUUAGCCAGCGUGCAGAGGUUAAUGACAGACAAGAUGAAUGCAAGCGCUUUGAGUCAACUUGGGUCAGCGCAGUCAAGCUGUGUGAAACGGCAGCGGAGGUGGCAUACACCUCAGGAGCUGAACAUGCGUCCAUCACAGUGAGGACAAACAUUCAGGUGGCCCAGUCGCAGGUGGAGGAGGCACAGAAACUUUCAGUGGAUGCCAAUGAGAAGAUGGUCAAGGCCAAAGUGAUGGAGGUUGAAAGGAUGACACAAUAUGCUGCAUCCUUACAGAAUAGUAGCGAUGAGGAAGAAGUGCCUGAGGCAUAUUUGAGAGAGGACUGAAACAAAUAACCAGAGCAAUCCAAAAACAAAGGAAAGCAUAAAAAAUGUUUAUUUGCUUUCAAAGUAAAUAACUUUUUUUUAUCAUCACUACAAUGUUUUCUUUCAUUUGGACUCUGCAAUAUGUUUGGCUCUGUAAUUGGUUAUGUCUCAUUCAUAAUACACUGCGUUCAAAUUCAUGUACUUACAUCUGCACAUAAAGAGCAGUGCUGAAAGAGUGAAUCACACAAAACGACUCAGCACCAUGUUUUUAAAUGUUUGGUCAUUUAAGGGUAUUAUUUGAAUAGGAUUGUGUUUUCUCUGCACUGUUUAUUGUCUUGUGACUUGACCAGCAUCAUAUUGUGUUAUAUUUUCUCAAAAUUAACUGCAAUAAAGACAAAAAACAGUA